UUCUCGUUCACGUGUUUUGUUCUUUUGUGUAUAAUUUCCGUAACCCGCGAAUCCAAAUCCAUCCCAGGCUGAAGUAAACUAACUAUGUCUCGCACCUCCAGCAUGGUUGACAGCGGGCGGAUGUCCGACAGCUUCGCCCGGACCGCACCGAAGGUGAGCAUCGAAAUGCGGCAGAAACAGCUGAAGUCCACGCGGCCCGGUUACGUGCGCAGCGUGAUCACGCCCAUUCUCGAGGAACUGGCCACGGAGUUCUGGGUAAACGAGAACAAAAUCCGCGUGGAGGGCGAGGCGCUGGUCGAGCACAUGAUCAAACACGUUGAAGAGAAGGUGCAAAUGGACCCAGAUCUCAAGGAGCACAUCAUGGACAACCGGGCUGUAUUGAUGAUUUAGAAAGAUAGGUUUUUUGCUCGUUUCGAUUGAGCGUUGCAUACAAUUCAAACUCAUUCCUUAUACUUGAUUCGGAUUUCUGCUUCUGGUUAGAGUUCUGAUGUACUUUUGUGGCACUUCAAUUGUGGGACUGAAAGUAGUACAACUUGCAGGUCUGGCAACACCUAUUCUCUAUCGAUUCCAAAUGAUCAAAGCCUUUGAUGAAUAAAUAUGCAGGUUCUCAACCAGCCUGCCACGGUGACGGCGGACUGCGAGCAGUUGCGCAAGGAGUGCGACCAUUUAGCGGACAAGUGCGAGGAGAUCUGGACGCUCGAGAAACAAGCGGCAGAACAGCGACGCCAGCGGGAAGAGAAAAUGAUGAAACUAGAAGGCACGAAGUAGAUGCAUAUGGGGGUCGUGCCAAAAUGUUCGACGUCGGGUCCGCAUGUGUCUUAACAACUUCUACACGGUUAGGUAGUUGAAUAAACGAGACUAUGGCCCCCGCAACGUAGUUCGCAUUUUCUCUAUUUCUUCUAUCUCCGUUGAGCUCAAGGUUUGGAUUUUUGUCUGGGCUAUAAGGGAAAGAUUUGUGUCCUCCCUCCUGUAUCAUAUCUUUGGCUCGGUAGAAUUAGAACCGAAUCGAUUUUCGGUUCUUCUUCAAAAAAUGUACACUAAAAGGAACUGCUCACUAUUGGUUUUUGUUUCGUAUCACGCUCCUGCAUUUGAUAAGCAA